CUAUUAUUACAUAAAGUUAAUAUAAUUAACUUUAUAUAAUUAAGUUAAUAUUAAAUAUAAAGUUAAUAUAGUGAUAAAAAGAUAUGUCCGUAUUGACAGAUAAUUGGAUAAAAUAUUUUUACUCCCGUAGAUCGAGUUUCACACUAUGAUACGAUACGAAUAUAUAGAUAAUAGAUGAACGAGAUCUUCGCGCUGGCGCAAAACUCCCACCAUGGACGUCUUCGGCACGCGCUAGGUUCGAGGGGCGAUUCAACAUUUCCACGCCAAAUCGAGUUCGGCUUUUUCCCCGACACGAUGUAAUCCGUUCCGACCUCGUGAUACAGUGAAAGAGAUUGAAAUACAAAAAACAUUGUGCAUGUAGUAUUUUUCAAUUUUUGUUGGAGUUAUUAAUUGUUAAACAAAUACAUAUCGAUAGUUGUAAAAAUGCAUAGUUGUAAAACUGUGUGAAAAAAGUGAAGGAUUACUUUAAUUAUUUAAUUUAGUUAGACAGGGUGGCGCGAAAUGAAAUAUCGAAAUAAAUGCGCGGUAGAUCAUUGUAUCAAAUAAUCACUUUUGUGGUAACUAGGGCAACUUCGCAUUCAGGAAAGAGGAGUAAAAAUUGUGUACACAAAAUCUCACGCGUUCAAGUGAAUGAACGAAGAUACACAAGUGACGUACCGCGAAUGUUCAAAGAAACCAACGCAAAUGCAAGAAAGUGCAGCUCUCUUCUAUCGUAUUGCGCAUUUCUACAGAUAGCAACGCGAGAGCAAGCAACCGGAGGGAUCUUCUCGCGAGAAAAACCGUUCGACUCGUUGACGCUUCCGGCAAGAUGUAGAUUGAAAUCCGCCGACAACGUCGAUCAUAACCCGGGAUUUCAAUAACGGAUCUUCUCACGGGUUCUCGAACGUCAAUUCUAUCCGAAGAAGACGCUGCGUUUCGCAAAAUAAAUCAUCGCGCGACAGCUGCUGCGAUGAUCUCAAGGCGAAUUUAAUAGCAAAAAUACAAAUAGAAGAGAUAUUCGCAAAGCGCAGAUAUUUGUUCAUUCGAUUUGAAAUUCGGUCGCGAAGUCGAUUGUUACUCUUUUACUUACCACUCGGAAAACAAUUACAAAAAAAAAGUAGAAUGAUUUCGGGUACGGCAGCAAACAUCACCGGAGUGCUUCAGGAUUCCUGGAGGCUCCCGAAGGACAGCAAUAUACAGGGGUUUCGUUCCACGGUCGACGGCGUCGUUCACGCUGCGAAUCCGCGAUACGAAAAUUACACGAACAUGAUCGUCCCCUUCUUGAAAGACGAAGAAGAUCCCGCGUCGAUCCGCCGGGAUCCCCUGUACAUCGUGCUGCCGAUCACGGUGAUCUACGCCGUGAUCUUCUUCACCGGGGUGAUCGGCAACAUCUCCACAUGCGUGGUAAUCGCGCGCAACAAGUCCAUGCACACCGCCACCAAUUACUACCUCUUCAGCCUCGCGGUGUCCGACCUGCUUCUACUCGUGUUCGGGCUGCCGCCGGAGAUGUAUUACAUAUGGUCGAACUUCCCGUACAUAUUCGGCGAGGCGUUCUGCAUUAUCCAGAGCUUCGCCUCGGAGACCUCGACCAACGCCACCGUUCUGACCAUCACGGCCUUCACCAUAGAGAGAUACGUGGCGAUCUGCCACCCGUUUAUCUCGCACACAAUGUCGAAACUGUCCCGGGCGGUAAAGUUCGUGAUGGCGAUUUGGCUGCUGGCCCUCUGCCUCGCCGUACCACAGGCCAUCCAAUUCGGCAUCAUCUACUCCGACUACAACGGCACCGUCAUCAUGGACAGCGCUAGGUGCUCACGUCGGUGGACCCUAAUCGAGCACGCCUUCGAGAUCUCAACUAUCCUGUUCUUCGUGCUGCCGAUGACAAUUAUCACCGUGCUGUACGUGUUGAUCGCCAUCAAGCUGCGACGCUCGACCCUGCUGACCACCGUCAGUAAGAGGCAUCACGCUCCCGGUGUGUUGAAUCACAUGGACAGCAGCAGAGGAAAGACGAACGCUCAGAGAAACGUUAUUCGCAUGCUCGUCGCGGUGGUGGUAGCCUUUUUUAUUUGCUGGGCGCCAUUUCACGCUCAGAGGUUGCUGGCUGUAUACGGUGAGAACAGUUCCGGGUCGGAAGAUACCAUGGUCAUAGUCUACACCACGCUCACCUACGUAUCGGGAGUGUUCUACUAUUUGUCCGCCACGGUGAAUCCGCUUCUCUACAAUAUCAUGUCUAACAAGUUCAGAGAGGCUUUCAAGUCGAUGCUGCCCAAAUAUUGCAUCAGAAAGUUCUCGUCUCGCAAGGGUAACCGUCGACAGCCGACUUACAGUAGUCUGUCGCGGUAUCACCGAUCGAUGAGGCAUCGAUUCGACGACGUCCAGCACUCACCCUCGAUAUCCGUCAGCGACGAACAGCAACGAUUAACGCAUAUUGCUCUGGCUAACGCAAAUUUCUGCGAGCCGAAUGGACUCGCGAAACUGCAGAACGAACGAGAGGGGCGACCUACGAUCAAAGAAACCAUGGAUUGUCGAAAUUAUACCAGAAGAGUGUCCAGGGACUCUGACUGUAGCCAGCUUACCACGAUGACAUCGUUAAGCAAACAGGGCCUAAACAACGAAGGUAACAACAACGCAAACGAAUGUCUACUGAGGAUUCACAGGUCACCGAAGGCUGUCACUUUAGCAGGAAUCUUCACGGAGAGACUGGGUCUCGGCACGAAAGGAUUCUUCGCGCAGCAUCGAAAGAAUUUAUCGAACAACCCGACGAAAGUGGCGAAAUCGAAACCGGACAAUGUUAUUACAAUCCCACCACGAUUUGAGAGUCAUCCGAGCAUCGAGAGCGCCAAUACGAUUAGCAACUCUAGUCUUCAGGACCUCGACGAGACUGAGUUUACUGGAUCGGAACUGGCGCGUUACAUGGGCGAGUUAAACUUCGAACUUGUCACCUGACAUCCGUUCAACCCAAGAGAACGCCGUCUCUCGAAUUAAAUGUCAAACACAAAUCAAAACUCUUCGGUUAUAUGGUUGUCUAAAAAUUUGUACAAAUAUCUAAUCCGAGAGUCUUUUCGAAAGUCGAAAUCUUGUUGCAACAUGACUAGUGAUACAGUUGCAUCAUCGACAUGAAUUGGCGUGGGAAAUAUAUCGAAGGUGAUUGAAGAGUUUUGCAAAGAAUUGCCGCAAGAAGAAAUGGAAAAAUUAACUGAAAUUAUUACCUGUGCUUUGGGAGAAUCGCGCUUACGCGUGUUUUUUUGCACGAAGAGCUAAGCCGGAACUUAUAACACGAACACAGGAUGUAGGGCACGCGUGAAUGUUUGAUAUUUAAAGCAUGCAUGUGUGUGAACGUAAUGUUUCCCUAUCCACAGCAUGGCUGUUAAUAACGCUAGUCUUCUCCGCAAACGCGGAGGGAAUUUGUAGAUGCAGUUUCAGCGUUCCUAAGAAUGUAUGGUGAACAUUAUAAUAAUGAUUAUUGUAACAUUGUCGUUGAUAAAAUAACGUUAUGUGUAAUUAAAGGAGACGUUCUAUUAAGACCGGCAUGUCAUUGCACAAGUAAGCUUCUUGUUCCCUGUCGUGGAUAUUUACAUAUUUUGUGAUAAAAACAGAUUGCAUGACGGUUUUAACAUUAAUUGCGAUCAAAGACUUGUAGAACAUAAGGCCUGUGUACCUUAUUUAUUUUUAUUAUCUUGUGCGACGUUGGGAAAGUGCCAACUUUUAAAUUAUUUCGACAUUAUCAAAAAAAAAAAAA